AUGAUGGAUCCUACUUAAGAAGCUGAAAAAAAAUACAAAUCGCAAUUUUCUUCAUAAUUUUAUAAGCAAGCAUCAAAAGAUGAAGGCAAAUAAUAAGAGUUAGAUAUCUAAGUAAAUAGGAGUUGUUAAGGAUAACUUUUUGAGUCAUAACAUUACUAACCUCAGAAGCUACACGAAGGAGACUUAGAUGUAUCAUUUAAGAGCAUAUAAGGUGAAAUAAAUGAUACUUUAUAAAAAUCAAUAAACAAAGGGUUUAACAAUAAUAGCUCCUUGUUACAAAAUUAGUAACCUUUGCUGCAAUUUAGUACCAACAAUAACUAUUUAAACGAAAAAUAGACAAACUUUUAGUAUUAGUCUACUAUUGAUCAUAAACAUUACCAAUAAGAAUAAAACUAAUUGAAAUUAUAGUAGAAUAUUCACUAGUUACAGAAUAAAUAAGAAGAUAUUUCAAACUUAAAUUCUAAUCUUAACAAGCAGGAAAAAGAAAGUAGCUGCAAUUCAGAAUAAAACAAUUCAAUUUUUUUGAAUUCUCAAAAUAACAUACCAAAAAGCGAAAUGAAAAGCCCUAUUUCUUCUAAAAAAAACUUAAAAUAGAAUAAUAUCAAGCAAGCCAGUAAAUUAGUCAUCUAAGAUGAUAUGAUCUUUGAAAAGGAUCUGAAUAAGCUAAGCUCAAGAGUUAAUACGAUGGCAAAAAACUAAAAUCUAUUUUCAGAGAAUUUAGUUUAAUAAAAGUAUAAGUAGAAUUUUCAAAAAGCAACUUCAAUAGGAUGGUAUUUUGUAGGAAUUUAAGAGUAAAAUUACGACCAAAAUAAUUGGCUUGACAAGCUUAGCAUUUCUUCAUACCCGUAUUACCAAAAAUACAUAUAUUCUAUGUACUGGUCUAUUACAACUAUGACUACAGUUGGAUAUGGAGAUAUUUCAGCAACAAAUUGGAUUGAAGCACUUUAUAUAACAAUAACUAUGAUAUUGUUUAGUUGUGUUUUUGCUUAUUCAAUUAAUAACAUAGGUUUUAUUUUAUAGGAAAUUGAAAAAUCCUCGAAAUAACUCAAUGAUGAUAUAGCUACUAUCCAAAGGUAUCUUAUUAGGAAAGAUGUGAACAUUUAACUCAAAAGUAGGGUGAGGCAUUAUUUAUCAUUUUUAGCGUAGGAGUAAAAAGAUAGAGAUAAAUAAUAAGAAGAUAAGAUUCUUUCAGUCCUUUCAAAUAAACUUAGAGAUGAAAUUACACAAGAAAUAAACUCAAAAAUUUUAAAUAACUACCUUGUAUUUAGCUCAAACUUUUCUAAAUCAACUUUAAAUAAAUUAAUUUUUAUCAUGAAGGAAAUUUUAGUAAAUCCUAAUGAAGUCAUAAUUAAUGAAGAUGAAUCUGAUGAUUCUUCUAUUUAUUUUAUACAAAGUGGAGUAAUUGAGAUCUAUUUGCAAUAAAUUUAAAAGAAAAAUACUAUAAAUGUAAUAAACACAUUGACAAAUGGAUAAGUAUUUGGUGAGAUUUCUUUCUUUUCUGGUCUUCAAAGGCAAGCUUCUGCUAGAAGUGUGAAUUUAUCUACUCUCUACAAAAUUAAUAGAGAAGAAUUUAUAUAAAUAUUAAAAUAAAACACAGAAGAUUUUGAGCGAUUUAAAAUGAUGCAGGACUAAAUUAUAUUUUAAAAGGACACAUCAAUAACUCGUUCAGAAUGCUACAACUGUAAGAAUAGCUAUCACAUUGCUAAUCAGUGCCCAAGAACUCAUAGAUAUUUUGACAAGCAGUUUAUAAUUUUGAAAUAAAAUUUUUCAACAUUCCAAGAAAGAUUUUUCAAAAAAAGAAUCAAUUUAAAAUUUAAAUGUAAUGCAAAAAUUUAGAAGAAAAAAAACUUUGAUAUUAUUUAGUUGUUAAAACAAAAUCUUUAAAAGAGUAAUGAUGAAAAUUACUUGAAUUUCCUUCAAGAUGAAAGUUUCAUCACUGGUUUUAGUUAAUCCCAGAAUGAUGAAAGUAGCAGUGACGAUGAUGAUGAAAAAGAUGACGACUCAUAAAGUUAAUUUACUGUGCAAUUUUAAGAAAACGAAAUUAGCUAAAAAGUUCUCUUGAAAGGAUAACAAGGAUAGAAAGUAGACAAACAAGUGAAGAGUAUAAACCACAUAAAUUCAAACAUAGUUUCUAAUAUAGAUGAUGCUGAUCUUACUGCAACUUUAGAAAAUUAAAUUUAGAGUAUACACUCUAAUUUCAUAUAUGAGAACCAAGAUUUGCCUAAAGUUAUUUCUAAUGCAAUCAACUCAUAAGCUAGGAUAACAUCUUUUGAAGCAACUGAUAUUAUUGAUUUACAAAAUAACUAAGAAUCAAAUUAAUUUUAUUAAAACAAAUAAAGAUGUAAUUCAGAGUCCAAUAGGGUGAUUUACAAGAAGGAUACAAAUUCUGAAAUAUCAUAAUAAAUCUCUAACUUAGAUGAAGAAGGAUCUAACUUAGAAAACUCUAAGAAAUUUGAUAAAUAGAAAUCUUAAUAGUAGAACAUUAAUGCUCAGCUCUCUGGAUAUUUAAAGAGCUAGAUGAAAUCGGGACCUCAUUAUAGUAAUUUAAAUAAAUAGAUUUAGAAGUAGGUCUCAAAUUAAUCAGUAGAUGAUCAUUCUUUAAAUCUAGUUUAAGAUAAUUAGAUUUAAAAAAGCAACAAAAAAGAAAAAAACAAGAGUAAGUAAAUAGCUAACAACAAUAUAUAGAGUGCUAAAAAGGAUAAUUCAAAUAAUAAAACUUUAAUACCUAAUUUAAGCUAAAAAGAGAUAAGAAGUUCUAUCGAUUAGUAUCUAUUACAGAAUAUCGCCUCUAUGACUUUGAUGCCGGAUAAAAUAAAUUCUCAAAGCUAAAGUAAAAAUUACGAAAUAAACAUUAAUUAAUAAAACAGUAAAAUUUAGAAUUCAAUCAAAUCUCUUAAAGAUAACUUUGAUCAAAAAUCUAAUUAGUUAAUACUUAAUAAAGUUAGCUUUACAAAUCUACCAAGAGAUUAACAAUAAAAUAAACAAGAAAAAAAAAGCGAAAAUAGAAAUUCCUAAAAUUAAAAUGAAAAUCUAAUAAUUGAGAGACUUUCAAAGUUGUUUUAAAAUAGCUAGCUACCCCUUUUACUUUAGCUAACAAAUGGAAAAAGCUUUUUGUAAGAUCCUUAAUACACAUAACUAACUUCAAUGGAUUAUUUUGACAAAAUUUAUAAUUUUAAGAAGUUUUAUCCAGAAAGUAAUUUUGAUAAGGUAUUAGUAAAGCUAAAAGCUAUUCAGUAAUAGUAAAAAAGAUAAAAAAAGAGAAAAUAAACUUAAAAAGAACGCCGUUAAAAUAUAGGCUUUGGAGCAUAAAUAAGGUUAUCAGUUUUCUAAGGAACAGCUAAUUUAAUUUUUGCCUAAGAUUAUGACAUCAAUUAGUAUAAACCUACCUAUCUAUCGUAUGGAACGAAAAUGUAAAAUGGAAUCAAGCACCCACUUAAUAUUAUUUCUCAGAUGAAUUUAUGA